AUGGGUUGUGACCUUGGGCAUCAUGUCUUAAGGUAUGCAUCUUGUUGUAUAACUUGUAUUGUUUUGAUAUCCUUCAAUGUAUGUGCAUUUUCUAAUGCCAAGACUAAAGUUUUAUUGGCAACGCUUAAGCGUAAGAGUGAGAAGGAAGUAUACUCUCCAUUUAGAGAAUUGAGCAUCAUUGAGGAUUGUAUGGAAAUAUUGGGGGCCGUGGAGGGAGUGAAUGAUGAUGCUCAUGUGAAAGCUUUGGCUAAGUUUACUAAUUUGGAUUGGAGGAAGGUGUUCUUGAAGAUGUUGGAUCCACGGAGAAGAGUGUGGCUCAAUAGCCUACUAAAGUGA